AUGGCUAUUCCACGGUUUCUGGUACGAAGAGGAUCACCGUUGGAGAUUUGGAGCGACAACGGCACCAAUUUUAUCGGUACCAGCCGUGAGCUGAAGGAGCAGCUGAGCCAGAUCAAUCAACAGCAAUCAACAGCGACUCUGCUACAAGAUCGUCUGGCAUUGGGAGCAACAGCCUCCUGCCAGGAUGUAGCAUCAAGCCCCGAUGGAGUUUAUAAGAUUUCUCCGGUUGCGGCUUCGAUUCGACCGUUUCCCGUUUAUUGUGAAAACAGCAUCGAAGGUGGUGGUUGGACAGUAAUUCAUCGACGCUACGACAAUAGCGUGCGCUUCGAUAGAACUUGGGCCGAGUACAAGAAUGGUUUUGGCGAUCUGCGACGCGAGUUUUGGCUGGGGUUGGAAAAGAUGCAUCAAAUCACUCGAAUUGGCGACCAUGAACUGCUGAUUAUCGCGAAGACCAUCAACGGAACGGCUCGAACCGGUCGAUUUGAUCGAUUCGGAGUGGAGAACGAGUACGCGCGGUAUCGACUUCAGGUUGGCAGGAAGAUUGGAGGUAAUUUGAGUGAUCAGUUGAGCCUCCACGAUGGCAAAGAGUUCUCUACCCAGGAUAACGAUCGAAGCGCUAAUAAGUGUGCCCACUUCAAUGGGUGGUGGUAUGUUAACUGCGCGUUAGUAGACUUAAACCGACCGAUGGAUUUCCCACAAAAUGGCAUGACAUGGUAUGAAGACACGGGUUACCGCACUAGUCGAAGCUCGAAUGCUCAUAAGGAAAACCAUGCUAGAUGA